AUGGCGCGUUUACUUGACCUUCCCAAUGAACUCCUUCUGUCGAUUCUGGCCGAACUCGCCCACACACCGCAGGAACUGCUUUCUCUCCCUCUACUCUGUCAUCGACUUCACUUUCUGGCCCUCCCCAUGUACUUUACCAGUAUGGGAAUGGGCGAGCCGACCCAAAGAGCCAUUGUCCAGAUGUCCAACGGCAAUUCCAGAGACAGUCUAGACGCGCUCCAAAUGGCGUCCUUCAUAACCUCUAUCGACAACCUCUGUUGCUCAUUACCUCGAAAUGGACCUUUCGAGGCUGCUGAGACGGUCCGCCAUGUUGCUCGUGUCUCUAAGCUGAUACACAAGCUAGAAUUCGUUCACGAAGUCACCAUCGUUUGGGCACCACCCAACGAGCUGAUGCAGUCAUUCGAAGCUGACAAAGACACGAUUGCAUGCAGACCUCUGGCGCUUGAGAUGGAAAAGCUGCUGAACUGUGUCUUGGAGCAUGGUUGCACGUCGCUGACCCUCCAAGGCGGCAUGUUUUUCCCAAUAUCACCCAGAACCAUGCGAUUUGGGACCAUUGACGCGGUUCGGACAGCAACGUCCAAGAUCCUACCCACGGCUUUGUCACUGGGGAGGAACGAGAAUUGGAUCGAUGCUCAAAUAGAGAGAUUCACGGUCGAGGAAACUGCCACACUGAAAUUCGACCUCAACGGCAAACCAUCUUAUCUUUCGCGAUUGAACAUCAAUUCCUCCAUGUUCCUGCUUCCACCCUGCAUUAAUUGGACCCUCUCCGCUCUUCGCUCCUCUGCCAUCUCUUCAGUUUCACUCUGUGGCAUCUUUUUGCCUACAAAAAUGUGGGCAGUUCUCCUCCCGCUUAUCGCGAGCAUCAUACCCAACUUGGCGGAAUUAUCGCUCGCAGACCUUCAUGGCCUCUCUGGUACAGAUAUCUUAGUAUUUUUGACCAGGCUUCCGCUUUUGAAAUCGCUUGCAAUUGGUUAUACCGAGUACAGCCGACAGGUUCAAUCUUCUUGCCCUGAUUCAGCGCCUACCCCGAAACUCGAGAACCUAGAGCAUCUUCAUGCACCAAGCACCUUCAUUGUUCACUUUCUGAAGAAAAAAUCGACGUUACCAAACCUACGCACACUUUGUAUUACCCCUAGAAAGCUUAUUCUGGGCUACCGGGGACUACGCCACAUUCGCCAGUUCAUUACGGACAUUGCACGCAGACUAGAGAAGCACAGAAUUUCUCCCGAGGUGACGCUUGAAAUGCGCUGCGGACAAGAUAUGGACAGGGACCUGACCGCUGAUAUUGUGGAGCCACUUGGGGAGGAGCUUGCGCGGAGUUUGAGGAUGGUUACACGCCUGGUCGUAUUUCUCGAGCUGAAACCCAGCAAAAUGUCAAUCGCUGAGAUGGGGACGCUAGCAAGAUGGAUCAAUCGUUUCCCAGGACUGAUGUAUGUUUGUUUGCGGUUCGACUUGGACAAUGCUGUUGAGGAUGGAGUUAUGAUGGACCAUGUCAGGACGUUGUCGGAGCAGAACCCUCAAGUCAAAUCGUUUCACCUCAACAAUGAGGCGUAUGAUCCAGACGCGCUGUUGUUAUCUUCCCUCUGA